CACACACAUACAAGCAAAGUCUAUCUGUCAGCCUCUCUGUCUCUCUGUAAUUUUUUAUUCUCUUCUUCCUCUACCUCCUUAUAUCACCCUUCCCCAUCUUCCCCUCCUUCUCUUGCCCUCUUCUUCUUCUUCUUCUUCUCCUCUUACGUCUGCACCUUAGUUGAGUAGAAUUGAGUUCAGGGAGGAUUCAUUAGGUAUAGCUUUUAAUAUAAAAGAGAGAAAAUAACAGUAAUGACGAUGAGCAACAGUGUUGGGCCAUUUGGAGAUACGACACUGACGAAAGUGUUUGUUGGGGGAUUAGCAUGGGAGACACCCAAGGAAGCUAUGAGAGAACAUUUUGAGAAGUAUGGUGAGAUUUUGGAGGCUGUUAUUAUUUCUGAUAAACUUACUGGUAGAUCCAAAGGCUAUGGAUUUGUGACAUUUAAGGAACCUGAAGCAGCUAAAAAAGCUUGUGAGGAUGCCACCCCUAUGAUCAAUGGCCGCCGUGCUAACUGCAAUCUGGCUUCGCUUGGUGCUCGCCGCCCUAGGUCCGCCACUCAAGCUCCUCCACCACAACCACCACCUCCUCCUCCUCCUCAACAAGGAUCCAACCAUGGACAAAGGCCCUCAUCAGCAGCACCAGCAAAUCAUGUGCAAUGGUACUAUCCGGCAGGCUCACCCGCAUCGCCGUAUCAUCACCACCACCACCACCAAGCCGUGCCCUUUUAUGGGUAUACUCCAACUUACGUUGCUACUGAUAUCAGUUACAAUCAUAAGCUGAGCUACACAGGAGGGUCCUACAUGAACGGGCAUUUCUCUCAGGUGUACCCGGGGCAGGCUAUUAUGGGUGCAAAUACAUUGAUGCCAAUGUACCCUCUUUAUCAUUUCCAUCAAUCACAGACGAUGGGCCUACCUGCCCAUAUCUUCCCACAAACUACAGCCGGUCCUAUCACCACUGUCCCUACCAUUAUGUCCAAACCUCCAUCAAUAGCUCCUAGCCCAGGUACAGCUGGCACAGGUGAAAGCUUUAAAAAGGUUGGCUAAGAGCCCUAAGACCAAUAGAAGGGGGAACAAGGAAACUUUAGUUGGCAAAUGGGCAAAUAACACAGUGAAGAAGAAAAAGGGAGGAUGGCAGCUACUGCAGAACAACAUUAUUUCCUUAUCUGUUGUGGCUGUUCUUUCCAAUUUAUUAUCCUAAUUAAUUUAAUUUUAUUUAAUUUUUUUUAAAAAAAUUAUUUAUUAUGAUUCUUAGGUGUUUGAUAAGAUUCUUUCAUUCUCUUUA